AUGCCCCAGGCGCAUCUCCCACAGGCGCAUCUUGCGCAACAGGGACAGCAUCACAACGCUCAACAUGCCCAGCAAAUCUUCGCGCAGCAGCUAGCGAUGCAGCAGCAUCAAGCCCACCAGCAAGCAAAUAGCCAGAUGCAUCCGGGAGGCCAACCUGGCCAUUCGGGACCGAUGAGCCAGCAACAUAUGCAGAGCCUCCAGCAGGCGCAAAUCGCGCAGUCGAUGGCGCAGCAGGCCUCGCAAGGCCCCCAAGGCCAAGGACCCCAAUCCCAACCCCAACCGCCAGGUCAGCCGCAACCGCAAGGGCAGCCGUCCCAACCGGGACAGCCGCAACCAGGACAGCCGCAACCGGGCCCGCAACCGGGUCCGCAACCUCAACCUAACCCCCAAGGGCCGCAGAGGGCACCGACCCCUGCCGGCGUGCAGCCCAACCAACCGCAGAAUCAGGGACCUAACCCCGUCCAGGGCAACCAGCCGCAGCAACCUCAGGGGCAGGGCCAGUCGCUGAACGGUCAACAAGGCCAACCUCAGCAACCCACGGCGCAGAUGCUUCAGGUUAGCCACAACCAACAGCAGCUGGCCAAUAAUCUCCACCAAUUACAGCACAAGAAUGAUGGCAUGAAAGGUCACUGUCUAUUAAAGUUGCUCCAGUUCGGCGAGCAUUUAAGUGGUUAUCCUGGCUCGAGGUCAAAGGACGAUUUAACAUAUUGGAACGGCUUUGUAACGCAAUUCUUUUCACCCCGUGGUGUCUUUAGACUCUCCCUGUUCUAUAUCGGAAACGAGCCGGCGAACGAAGAGCACGCGGAUAAGCAGUACGAGAUAACGCAACCUGCCCUAGCCCGAUAUUUUCAUACACAUUUCGAGAGCGGUAUUAGGAGGAUCAACUUGACAUUCGAGAAAGGCAUCACCGACAGGCCUUUACCGAACGGUUGCCACUUCAUCGAGAACCAGAAAGCGAGUCUCACCUACUGGUUCGACAACUCUCAUGUCGUCGCAACGGGGAGUCUCCGGGCCCAGUUCGAUAGCGACCAAAAGCUAGAGCUCCUAGAGUUUAUCACACAGAGCCACGAGGAAUACCACUCGCGGAAGAUGGUCAUCGAGGCGGCGAAGCCGGCCCACCUAUGGGUUAAGCAGUGGCGCAAGGUAAAUGGUCAAGACACGCGGUCGUCACCGGAGAUGAGCAAGAAAGGGAAAAAGUCGCUGAAGUCGCCGGCAUACGCACCUCCGGAUAUCGAUCUACCUGUAUCCGCAGUCAAGCAGAACAUUGGCAUUACGGAGGCUGUUUUCCAAUUUCUAGAGAUCAUCGAGGUCGUCGGACAAAUGAAUCCGUUGUUCAACUUCUACCACGCGCAUCCCAACUUAUCCCCCUAUGGCGCGCUCGAACAAUACGUCAGCCAGAAUAUCACGAACGGGCCACAACAACCAGGGGUGAAUGGGCAGGCGCAAGCUAACGGUCCGCCAAACCCACGGACCCCUAAUUUUAACCAGUUUCCCAUGGGCGCUUCGCCGGCUGCCACGCAUCUCCAACUUCCGAACUCGCCUCAUCUAGGCAGUCCUGCUCAGGGACACAUGCAGGCGCCGGGCAUGCAGCUGCAGCAGAGCCAACAAGGAACUAGUUCCAGCGGACCCAGUGCUAACACGAGUCCCGCGAGCAAUAAGCGGAGAAGGCCGUCGACGGUGAAGACGGAGGAGGAGAGCGGCGCACCUACGCCGGCAAGUAUUGGGGGUCCUCAGGUCAACGGGGUCGUAACGAUAGCCGGCAAGAAACCCCCGACGCCGCGACUGCAGAAGCGUCUAAAAGGCAACCCAGCGUGA